AUGAGGAAUUCGAAGGACACAUGGACAUCUGGACACGAUGACGUGGCAUGGAGACGAAGGAAUACUGUAGAAUUUUGGAUGAGCGAUGGGAGUGGAAGAAGAAGCGUUUGGGUGGACAAGGAUCGACUCUUUGUGCUCGGAAUGAAGACCUAUCCAGAAGUCGUGGAUCUCACCCAAAUCAGUCCCUUGGCUAGUCAAGUCCUCGAACAACUUCUCACCGGCCAUCGUCGCUAUUUCGUUCUUGUCUCCAUGAAUCAAUGCGCUGAAAUUUGCCACGUGGCACAAGAGCUGAAAUUUCAGAACUUGCUGAAACUAGUGGAAAAGGAUUUAGUUGGUCAGAGAUUUGGGUCUAUGGAGCAAGCAGUGGAUUCUCUAACAGUUGCUAUACAAUUCGGAAUGGCGGAUGCUGUGGAGAAGUUGGUGGAUGAGAUCAUUUUUGGAUUUUCGCUGGAUGAGCAAUUUUUGAUCUACUGUAAGAAUGGAAUGGCUGUUGACAUGGUUUUAAACAGGAAAGCAGAGUUGGAGGGGUACGGUGGAGAAAAUUCGGGACCUCGAGAUGAGCAAUAUUUGGAUCCGGGACUUUAUGAGGAUCUGGGGCCACAGGAGAAUCCUCGGAAUCAGAAUCAGAAUCAGAUAGCAAUUCCACAAGCGGCUCAAAAUUCUCAUAUGCACAAGAUUCUUUUGAAUGCUGCCAAGGAGAGAUUCCGCACAUUCUUGAAUCGUCCCAUCAACUCUGUCAAAAAUGGGAUUGCGUGGGUCUCCGCACAGAAUCAGAGACUCAUCAGAAGACCAAAUGUGGGACCACCAAGAAACAGAGAAUUCCAGAACUUCCAGCAUUUUUAA